CGCUUUGAAGUUUGAAGUUAAUGUUCACUAUUAAAUAAAAUGAAGAUAGCUGUAGAAGGCUGUGCACAUGGCGAACUAGACAAAAUUUAUGAAUGUGUUGAAACUUUGCAAGUAAGAGAAAAUAUAAAAAUUGAUUUGUUAAUUUGUUGUGGAGAUUUUCAAUCAGUACGAAAUAAUGAUGACCUCCGAGCUAUGGCGGUACCUGAAAAAUAUCAGCAUAUUUGUACUUUCUAUAAAUAUUAUAGCGGUGAGAAAGUGGCACCUGUAUUAACAAUAUUUAUUGGAGGAAACCAUGAAGCGUCAAAUUAUUUGCAAGAACUUCCUUAUGGAGGCUGGGUAGCACCAAAUAUUUACUAUUUGGGCAGGGCAGGAGUUGUCAGAUUCGGAAAUUUAAGAAUUGGUGGGUUAUCAGGAAUUUACAAAGGACAUAAUUAUUUGCAAGGGCUUUGGGAAUGUCCCCCUUAUACACAAAGUUCUCUGAGAUCAGUUUAUCAUAUACGGGCUCUUGAUGUUUAUAGAUUAAGCCAAGUCGGUGAAAAAGUCCAUAUAAUGUUGUCACAUGAUUGGCCAAGAGGUAUAACUAAUUAUGGAGAUAAAGAUAAUCUUCUAAAAAGAAAACCCUUUCUGCGAGAAGAUAUUCAGUCUAAUCAAUUAGGUAGUCCACCAGCAGAGCAACUUCUUCAUAAAUUAAAGCCUCAAUACUGGUUUGCUGCACAUUUACAUUGCCAAUUCGCAGCUCUUGUGAAACAUGAAAAUGAUGAAGAAACAAAGUUUUUGGCUCUAGAUAAAUGUUUGCCAAAGCGGAGACAUUUGCAAAUAUUGGAUUUGCCAUCAGAUUAUGAUGGUGACAAAUUACUCAAAUAUGAUGUGGAGUGGUUAGCUGUAUUAAAAAACACAAACCAUCUACUAUCUGUGAAAAAUAUUAAUUGUCACAUGCCAGGACCAGGUGGGAAUGAAAGAUAUGAUUUCACGCCAACCCUUGAUGAAAAACAAGCCAUCGAAAAAACAUUUGAAAAAUUAACAAUCUGUAACGAUAUGUUCGUAAAAACAGCACCAAUUUAUAAUCCUGAUAGACCAAAAUGUAUACCUACUGAGCCUAUAGAUAAUCCACAAACAAAAUAUCUUUGUGAAAAUCUAGGUAUAGAUGACCCCAUUCAAGUAGUAAUGGCUAGAUCUGGAAGAUCCAUGAAAACAAUAGCUGCAGAUAGCGAUCAUGUUCAAAUAGACGCUACUCCAAUCAAAUGUGCAAAGCUUUCUUUACCAGCACCUGUAACUCCAUGUGAGAAUAAUAGUCUAGAAAUAUCACAAGACAAUUCUGUUUUUACACCUGAAAACAGUUUUCUAUCCGAAAGUGGCAAUAAUACAUCAGAUUGUAUAACUCCCCCUAGUGCUACAAAAAAGAUUUUCAAAAGACGUAACUUAGCCAUUUACACUCCUGAAGAAAAUGAACAAGUUAGUGAUACAUCAAAAUCACCUAUAGAUUCAGGUAGCCCACCAUCAAGUAAACUUCCAUGUAGAUAUAAUGAAUUAUAAGAAUAAAUCAAUUAGUAUUCAAUUUUAAACUUAGAUCAAUUUAACAUAAGAAAUAAAAUAUUAAAAAUAAAGAUAAUGGAAUUAC